CAUGGCUGCCCGCUUGUGAUCGUCGUUUAUCGCAGAGAUAUCAACCAACUACAGCUCUAUAUCUGUAUCAUACUGAUGUAUGUAUCGGCUGCCAACACGGAACUGCGAUGCCCAGAAUGACAAUUGCUUCAUUGCUUCAAAGUCAAUUGCAUGGCACAGCUGGACAGAAAGGGAAUUGGAUGUAACGUUCUUGUCCAAAUAAUUUCUACCGUAAACAUGAGUUGCUUGGUGGCCGUUCUUCAGGGCGCGGCGCCGAAUGCCUCUAGGCUGGAGAGCACGCCCAGCCGAAUGAAGGAUCAAAAUCCUGUCUCCAGCUCGUUAGAUACGAAGCGGGUGUGAAGCUUCUAGAUAAGGCUACACUCAUCGGCGCAUCUCUGCAUUUAUGUGCCUUCGCGGUCACAGGACCUGCCCUGGCAUGCUGUUGGCCAGCCAAGCUCGAGAUAUUUGCUGAGCCCGGGCUUGCAGGGCUGGUAUGCGCUUCUUGGCAGCAGUAUGAACCUCCCUCGUAUAGAUCCCUAUCUAAUUGGAGGCCCCAAUGCAAAGUCCCAAAACAACUUCAUUGAAUAAAGGACCAUGCUAGAAAUCCGGUAUUGCUCGUGUUUGUUCCUUGCAGCCACUGCCAUCUUAUACCAUGGAUCAGGCCAAUCUCUCGAUGUGACCUCCUGUCACAGAUUCUGAGGGCCUGCUAUGAACUGAGCCGGGGCUUGAAGAAGUUAUAAAUAAGAGGUCGUUUCCCAUCCUCCAAAGCUGUUCCUGGAUCGCAAGCAAGCACUUCUCAAUAUUCACUACGCUUAUUCUAAAUCUUCUUGACCCGCGAGUUUCUCGGCACCCAAAUCUCUCAAAAGUCCAUUAUCACCAACAAAAUGCGCUCAGCCCUCUACUUCCUUACGGCUUUGCUCGCCGCUGGGUCUGCUGUCGCCACUGCUAUCCCCUCUCCUGACGAUGCAGGAGGAGAGGACCUACAGGUUGUCACCCUCACCGAGGCCGACCUGGAACCAAUCUCUGAAGGAGACCUUGACAAACGUGGAUGGCGCGACUGCAAACCAGUAGUCUGCAAGAACAAAAGGCGAACAGACUGCUAUAGAGUCAACACCAAGGCGGGCACCUGCGUCAACCUGGUGUCCUCGAACGGGAAACCAUUCGUCGCUGCCUCGUCUUCUGGCAGCUGCAUGUGCACAGCCUAUUCAAGGAAGGGAUGCCCCAUCUGGAGUGGAGAUACUUAUGGCUGGACCGGUGCCGCAGUCUUCAAAUUCAAAGCGAAGAGUCUCAAAUGCUACAUCUAUUAAGUUUGGGGAGGGACGGGUGGUGGAUGUAUAUAUGCAGUUGCUCUUUUGCUAUUUUGAACUCUUUUCCUCACGUAUAGUCAGUCAUUUUCGCCCUUACUAUAUGAUUUGAGCGUUGAGAUUUUAUUUUACUUCUCUUUUUUGGGUGGAUUUUGCUCCCGUGGACAGAGGUGAAGUGUACCAAGUACUUGUAGAGGCGUAAUUAUAAGCAGGUGAAUCACAUGCUGAAUAAAAAUUGGGCACUAAGAUACCUAUCAAUGAGACCUACAACCUCCCGGGAUCUUUGCACUUCGUGUUCGUUUACAGUAAUUGACAGUAAUAAGAGGAACGCUAGCGGCUAACCCGCCUCUGCCAUUCAAUGAUUUGUAGUCGUUUAAAAACCCCUUGAGAAAAGUAGGGUUAAAUGGUAGUGGUAUCCCUUG